AUUGGUAUUAUUUCUUUUCAUUGCAGUUUUUAAAGGAAAAGCAGAGUCGAGAGGAGGGGAUAUUUACUUUAAUCGGUGAUAUGUGCACUCUGACUGUUGGGGUAUUUUCAAUUCUGUGAUAAGCAAGGCGGGCAUAUGCGAGCAAUGAGGAUACCAAGGGUGCGAAGACUACUACGAUGGAUGUUUAUGAUCGUGUUAUGUCUUUUUGUUUUGCUCAACUUACACAUUCUCGUUAAUUUUCAACCGGGACCUGCGGACAGCGAAGACGGAUAUCAUUUCAGCGAUUUUGAGAACCACUUAAAACGGGAACAGCCACAUGUACAAAGAGGGAAUUCUGGGAAAAGGAUGUUACAUGAUUCAGAGGGAAAAAAUAAUUCAGUUUAUAAUAGCCCCCGGGAUUUUUUAAAACCGAGCGAUGAAAAGAGCAAGAAGUUUGAGGAAACAUUGCUCAUUAUAAGUCACGAUGUCUACUCGGAAUCAUUGAAUAAACUAGUCAAAGAUAUCGACUUUUGCCCAGUAUUGCAGCUAUUCUUCCCAAAUACGUUACAGUUACAUCCCAAGUCAUUUCCUGGAGAAGAUCCUAAAGAUUGUCCACGAAACAUGAAAAAGGAGGAGGCUGCAAAGGUGAAGUGUCAGAAUUUUGAAUAUCCAGACAAAUAUGGACAUUACAGGGAAGCCAAGUAUUGUCAGACCAAACAUCAUUGGUUCUGGAAGUUAAACCAUAUAUUUGAAACAGUGACUGUGAUGAAGAAUUAUGAAGGUUUAGUGUUGUUGUUGGAAGAGGAUUACUAUGUGACACCAGAUAUCUUGUCUGUCCUUCAGAUGAUGCAAAACCUUCGUAACAAGGAAUGUACGGAAUGUAAGAUUUUAGCAGCUGGAAACUAUGACAAAACACAAAACUAUGGUGCAAAUGCGGGAAAGGUUGAGGUUGCUAACUGGAUCUCCUCUAGACAUAAUAUGGGAAUGGCAUUUAAUAUCAACCUCUUCAAAGAGAUUAAAAAAUGUGGAACGGAGUUUUGUAAUUUUGAUGACUAUAAUUGGGACUGGACAUUGCAGCAUCUUAGCAGUAAAUGUUUUUCUGCUCCAAUGAAAGUGCUCAAGAUGAAGGCAACCCGUGUGUUCCAUAUGGGCGAAUGUGGAGUUCAUCAUAAAGGGAAGAACUGUAAACCAGCUGAGAAGAAAGAGACGACACAGAAAUUAAUUGACGCCAAUAAACAGCAUUUAUUCCCCAACACAGUAACUAUAGGCGGGUACUCGGGCCUUAAGCUUCGGGACCCAAAACCCAAUGGUGGGUGGGGCGAUCUCAGGGAUAGACAACUUUGUUUGAGCUUUAUGAAAGAUAAUUCUAGCCUCCAUUGAUGAAGACUUUUCAUUAAUGUAAUCUUGAUUAUUUUAUUAUUUUUCAUUUUUCGUUUUGAUAUUAAGAAGUUUAAAAAAGAACGUAAAACCAAUCAAACCAGUGCAAAUGGUGUUUUGAAAGCUUUACAGUGUUGUAGUCAAUUUCUAUGUGUUCUUCGGAAAGGAAAGAAAACAACAAAAGCCUUCGAUAAUGUCGCUAGAGUUAUAAGAGAACUAAAGAGAGAGGAAUAUAUUAUGUCAUACAGGUGAAGACAGUGGAUCUGUGAGAAGGCAAAGAAAAUGUGUAGUUAGCCCUAGAGAAAGACUUGGAUUCUUUUGAAUACUUGAGUUCGGGAAAUAAUCAAACUGAGACAUACGAUAUUUUUAACUAUGACAAAAACAGCGCAAAUUGAUGACAAAAGUGGAACAGAAGUUUUGAAGCUCUGACAUCAAAGUCGAUGACUUUUGUCAAUCAGUUAAACGGGUGAAAACAGCGCAGCUUAAGUUAAAAUAUCAAAAAGCAAAAA